UGACGGCUUGCGCAGUGUGUCGGUAGCGCUCAAUGACGGAGUUUCAUUACUAUCCGUGCAGAACUGCCUUAGCUGUCCCCCCAGAAGAGCAAACAAAGUUGAGUUUUUGCCUACAUAUUUCUUCAUACCCGAGAAGAAUAUGCAAGAAAGACCUAGUCUAAAACAACUUUCCAGCUAUAGUUUUUAAGAGAUGCGUUUUACCUCGAUUGACCUGUAGUAGGACUCGCAACACAAGGCGCUCGAUUUUAUAAGGGGAUACGGAGUCACAGAGACCUGCUCACUCCGGUGCUGCGAUAAGAACAGAGCACGCUGAAACACCAAGAUAGAGGGUAUUUUGUGGCGGUGUUCACACGUUUAACCGGGACCGCCAGACCAGUGGAUCUCCGUGAAUGCGUCAGGAAUAACCAAUCUAAAGGCGCACUUGCUUGGAUGCCCUGCCAUUACUUCACCUAAAUUCCAGUCCGCUGUACAACUGGACACUUUUCAGAGUGCCAAGCUGAAGUUCACAGGGAAUUCGUCAGCACAUGAUGUACACAAUAACUAGAGGUCCCAGCAAGCUUGUAACACAGCGGAGAACAGGUCCCACGCAGCAGAUUGAGAACAAAAUCAACGACUUAAAACACAAGCAAACCACCUGGUCAGUGUCAAGUUCUCCAGCACCGAAGCUCGUUUUUAACCGUCUGAACGGGAAGCGGUACCACACUUCGCCCACCCCGCUUAGCGACACGUCGGCAGAGGGCUUCACCGCGGCGCACGAGGAGAACGUCAAAUUUGUGCAUGAAGCCUGGGAGGAGGUGACGCAGCAGCUGAGUGGGGGGGCUCAGCCCGAGCAGACUGAGGGGCCUGUGCAGUACGCAGAGAAGACCCCCAACCCAGCGAUGAAGAACUUUGUGCCCAUCGACCUGGAAGAGUGGUGGGCCCAGCGCUUCCUGGCCAACAUCGCCAACCUGUCAUGAUCAGGGCAUCGAGUGCGAGGGGCGUGGCCAUGAGGACCUGACCGGGGGGGGCGGGGGGGGAGGGGGG